UCUAUCACACCAUCUAUCUCACUCUAGGUUUCUCAUAAUUGAAGGGCGCCAUUUCUUUCUCUCUAGGUUUUCUCCUCUAUCUCUACUGCAGGUUUCUCAGUUUUGCCAUUCCUCUCUCAGUUGCAGAAAUGAAUGAGGAGAUGGACAUGGAUAUGCCCCUUCAAGAUGAGCUCGAAUGGCUUGAGCACUGCGCCUCUCACCAAUACGAAGAAGAAUACGAAGAACCAGAACCAGACGAACCUCCCUCUGAGUUAGCAGAAUCCAUUCUCUCACCCCCAGCCCUGAAGAAAAGCGUACUUUUAAUUGGCAAUGUUCCUGAAAAUAAGCAAAAAUCACCAGAAGGAAAUGCUGGAAAGGAAAUGGACAUGGCUAUGCCUCUUUCUGAUAAGCUUGAGUGGUUGGAACACCGUGCUUCUCACCAUUAUGAGGAUUUUGAAGAACCUGAAAUUGAAAUGCUGGACAAUUUGCCUCUCCCUUUGCAAAACCAGAAGAAGAGGAUGCGAUCCAAUGGGUAUGAAGCAACAAAUGUUCCGGAAAAAAGGAAACUAUCCCCAACAAAGGCAGCAGAAAAGGAAACAUUUUCUGAGGAAUUGAAUAAAUUACCCAAUCUUGCUGAGGAAUGCCACGAAGAUGAAGAUUGGCUUAGGUAUCCUAAAGAGGGGGCAGACGAUUCAUCUUUUUAUGAUGGGUCAGUUUGGGAUGAAAAUUGGCCUUCUCGAUUUGCUUCAGAAAUUGAAGGGGAUUUUGUUCCCAUAACUGGAACUUCAGGAGUCAGGGUUUAUGCGAGAUUGAGCAAAGGGGAGGUGCUGGGUUUCAGAAACCCUAGUGUUGAAAGGGCAUCAUCUGGGCUCCUUUCCGAACCUAUCAGGUCUUUAAUGGAAAAAGUGGAACAAGAGGCACUUCAAAAGGCUUGUCUUGCAAGCACUCGAGUUCCAGAUGAAGAGAUCCAUUGCUUGGUACCAGAGGCUAGUGAACGGCUUUGGGUGGACAAAUAUGCUCCAAGUUCUUUCACUGAGCUUCUAAGUGAUGAACAGACUAAUAGGGAGGUCCUAUGUUGGUUGAAACAAUGGGAUCCUUGUGUAUUUGGAUCUCAAAUCAGGGCCACCCCUGAUUAUAUUAUGACUUCUUUGAGAAGACAUUCUUCUCCGUCUCAACGUCACAGUAAUAAGAGUUCAUACAGCAAUAAAGAUAGGGCCCCCCUAAGAGAGGUUCAGGAUUUGAAGAAACCAAGUAGCAUGAUUCCAGGAGAUAGCUAUGUGAAAAGCAUUUCUAGAUUUUGGAAUAAAAGGUCCAGUGGAAAUGAUCGUCCAGAGAAGGUCCUUUUGCUAUGUGGUCCUCCGGGUCUUGGGAAGACUACACUUGCCCAUGUUGCUGCCAGACACUGUGGUUAUCGUGUGGUGGAGGUUAAUGCAAGUGAUGAUCGAUCAGCCUCAACCAUCGAGGGGAAAAUACUUGAUGUAGUACAAAUGAAUUCUAUCAUGGCUGAUUCCAAGCCAAAAUGUCUGAUAAUUGAUGAAAUUGAUGGUGCUCUUGGUGAAGGGAAGGGUGCUAUCGAGGUGAUCCUGAAAAUGUUGGCUGCUGAAAAGAAAUCUAUUGCAGGAAAAGGAGGUAUCCUUGAUCAAUCACAGCCAGAGAAGAGUUCCACAAGGAAGGGAUCUCCUAAAACUAAUAAAAUUACAAGACUUUCAAGGCCUAUAAUUUGCAUCUGCAAUGACCUUUAUACUCCUGCUUUGCGGCCAUUGCGUCAAAUCGCCACGGUUCACACAUUUGUGCAGCCAAGCAUUAGUCGUGUGGUUAAAAGGCUUAAAUAUAUAUGCAAAAAGGAGGGAUUCAAGACUAGUGCGUUGGGACUUACUGCCCUUGCUGAAUAUACUGAAUGUGAUAUACGUUCAUGUCUAAACGCGCUUCAAUUUCUUUACAAGAAGAAAGAGAAUCUGAACACUGUAGACAUUGGGUCCCAAGUAAUUGGUCGAAAGGACAUGUCGAGAAGUAUUUUUGAUGUUUGGAAGGAGGUUUUCCAAAAGAGAAAAGUGAAAGUUGAGAGGGCUACUAGAAAUGACUGUAAAAAUUUACACAAGGAUUUCGAUCAUCUUCAUGACCUCAUUUCAAACCAUGGAGACUACGAGCUGAUUAUGGAUGGGAUUUACGAGAACUUUCUAAAUCUGCAUUAUCAUGACGCUUUGAUGGAAAAAACUGUGAAAUGCCUUGAUAUUCUUGGAGUUUCUGAUUCAUUUAUUCAGAGAAUUUUACGGACCCAACAGUUUUCACUCCAUGCUUAUCAAGCAUCACUGGCCAUAGCUAUUCGAAGUUUUAUUGCGCAGGUUGAGAAACCAACUAUUGAGUGGCCUAAGUCAUUUCAAAGAUCCAGAGUAACUUCCAUGGAAAAGAAGGAUCUUCUGAAGCUUUGGCUUGGCAAAAUUUCACCAUCUAUAUCAAGGCACUUCGCACCUGAAUCAUUUGUACAAGAUGCUUCUUCUUUGUUAUUAAAUAUUCUAUCACCGCCAACUUUAAGGCCUGUUGCAAUGCAUUUAUUAUCUGAUCGAGAGAGGGAUCAUGUGAAUAACGUAGUAGAAACAAUGGUUUCUUAUUCAAUAACAUAUAAGAAUGGAAAAGUUGAUCCCCCAGAGGGUACACAGAAAUAUGCGGCUACUGAGGUUUCGACACUUUGUUUAGAUCCUCCUCUUGGUGAUUUCAUGAAAUUUAAGGACCACCAUCCUGGGCACUAUAUCCUCCCUUUAGCUGUGAGACAGAUCUUGGUUCAUGAGGUUGAGAAACAUAAACUAUUGGGUGAAAACAGGAGUAGAUUUGAACUUCCAUCUGAAGUCAGUGUUCAUGAAAGCGUGCCGUUUCCAAGUAAAGGAGAUGCAAAAUCAUAUUCUACCAAAGCUAGUUAUGCGGCUUCACCUGUAGAAACUAGUCUAGCAAAAUCAGAAAAUGUAAGACCAAGACAACAGAAUGUUCAUGGUGGGAUAUCUAAUAAUGUUAAGGCAGUUGGGCUCAUGACUAAGACAACUGGAAAUGCAAAGAAGCCUGUGGGUGGCUCCAAUUUCUUUGACAGGUUUAGGAAAUCAAACUGCAAAGGGUCUCAAGGUCCGGACGCAUCUUUGCCACAAUCAGCAACUAUAGAAAGAGAUUCGCGCCCCCUUCUAUUCAAAUUUAAUGAGGAAAAAAGCUCAGUCCUGAAUCAAUUCUUGGAUAUGUUAUACAGGGUUUCACAAAUGCUGUUAAAAGGCCAGUGCGUGUUCGUGAACUCCUCUAGAGUUUGUCCAUUAAAUGUUUAGUAUUAUUCAAUGAGAUUAUGAGGUCAGUUUCCAUUUGAAAUUAUACAUAGGAGCCAUAAGCCAAUCUAUUAUCUAGUUUGCUUGAAAGUUUCCAGUUCUAGGGUGGUAAAUAUUGUUUUGAUCCUUGCUAGAUAUGUUCUUCUUUUUCCCACUGUUUCUUUUGUGGAUGUGCAUGUUUUUCGAUGAAUAAAAGUAAUCUAAGUCUGUAAUUUAUGGACGUAUAUGCAAUAAAUCAUCCCACAAGUUAUCUU